UAGACUGAUGCAUUCGAGCUUGAAACGCGAUUGUGAGCAAGCAAGUGAAGUAAAGGCAUACGUAUUACAUAUCUUGUUAAUCAUGUUUAAAAAAUUGAUUUUUUAUUGUACCUUAAUGGUACUCGUGACAAUAUCAAACUCGUUAUCGAUUUUACUAUUAGAACCCAUACUAUCAACUAGUCAUCAUAUUUGGACGUUAAAUUUAUUGAAAGGAUUACUUAGCAAAGGCCAUCACGUACACAUAGUCAGCAUCCAUGAACCUGAUAUCAAGGGUAAACUCGCACAGAAUAUGACAUACGCUAUCUUUGGUGAUAUAAUGGAACAGUUGCAUGAAUCCGAGGAUUAUGACCCAAAUGAAUGGGAAAAGUUUAGUGUAUCUUAUGCGACAUAUUUUUUGUAUAAUAUAGCAUCAUCAUCUUGUGAAAAAACUAUAGAAACUAAAGAAGCGAAAGAACUUAUGGAGAUGAUAAAAAAUGUGGAAUUUGAUGUUAUAGUACAGGACGUUACGCUUCAUCAAUGUUUAUACGGAUUGUGGCAAAUUGCUAAAGGCAAACCACCUGUCGUAGGUUUCGUUCCAUACGGUCUUGCACCUUGGCUUAAAGAUUAUAUCGGUGGUCCCUAUUAUCCGACUGUUCGAUCUUAUCCAAAUACAGCUAUUGCGAAACCCGAAAGUCUAUGUCAAAAAACGUGGAAUACUUUUUAUUACUUCAUAGAUGAUCUUCUACGAAGUUAUUAUUACAUGCCAAUCUCUCAGCGAAUUGCUGAACGGUACAUAGGUCAUGAAAUCAGACCGUUACGUGAACUAGAAAAAAAUAUUACCAUUUUAUUAAUCAAUACCCAUUCUGCAUUUGAACCCGCGAUUCCGCUGCCACCAAACGCCAUAGAGAUUGGGGGACUACAUGCUCAACCAUUACAAGCUACCGAUGAAAAAGCCGUAAUAUAUCCCGAUAGCAUACGUAAAUUUCUUGAUGAUGCAAAAAAUGGAGCUGUCAUAAUAUCAUUGGGAACAAAUGUAAACUGGAAAUCUAUAGGAUUAGAUAAACUUAAAGCCGUCACACAAGCUCUAUCAAAACUCAAUCAACGAGUUGUUUGGAAGCUAGAUAUUGAACUGUCAUUUGAAGUAUCAAAUAAUAUAAUGGUUGUGAAAUGGCUACAACAAAACGAAAUUUUGAAUCAUAAGAAUAUAAAGGCAAUUUGGACGCAUGGUGGUCUUCUUAGUACACAAGAGGCUAUUUGGAAUGGAGUGCCAGUAAUUGGAAUGCCAUUUUUUGCGGAUCAAAAACCCAAUGUGGAAUUAUUAGUACAUAAAGGAGCUGGCGUUCGCUUAGACAUUGCCACUUUAUCCACGGAAUCAGUAUUAGACGCGUUUGAAAAAGUACUUUACAAUGAAAGUUAUACAAAAAAUAUGAAACGGUUAUCCUAUGAAUUUCGGGAUCGACCAGUGCCGCCGUUAGAUUUGGCCGUUUGGUGGAUCGAAUACGCCGCCCGUCAUCCAUCUGGAAGUUUAGCAUCUCCGCUUAGAUCCCAGAAUCAUACGUGAAUUUCUUGAUGAGGCAAAAAACGGAAUUAUUAUAAUAUUAUUAGGAACACACGUAAACUGGAAAUCUAUCGAAUUAGAUAAACUUAAAACUGUCAUACUCUGUCUGAAAAAAAAACUGAAGCAACGAGCACUUUGAAAGUUAAAUAUUGAAUUGUCAUUUAAAACGCCGAACAAUGUAAUGGUUGUGAAACAGAUUACAAAAUAAAAUUUUAUGUAAGAUGUA